GCAAAGCUUAGUUUACUGAACGAUCAGUUUGUUUGGAUCGCUUUAAGUGUUAAAGACGGGUUUUGUGCGAUACCGCUUCUGUGUGAGUGAUGCAAAUGUAAGAUCGCCACGAUCGAAAUUGAAAGAAGAGCAACAUACAAACACACAAACAAACGAACAUAGUUCAUACCUACUUCUACUAAUUAUAAUAAAAAAGAAAGAUUAUAAAAAAAUAUAGAACGCCAAGUGACAAAAAAAAAAAAAAAAAAAAUACGUCAAUUAAAACUCAAUAAAACCCGAUUGGCCAGAACCAGCAGCAUUUGAACAUCUCUUCGUUUUUUGUUGUUUGGAAAUCUAGUUUUGCAAUCGCGUUUGUUUGUAGUAAACAGAGUGUGCGGUUCUAUAAAAAGAAAUCUUCUCCCAGUGUUUUGCUUUUUUGGAUAAGCAUACAAACAGCUUGUGAUGGGAAUUUUAAAUAUCUGGCAGUUGUCGGCACCCACAUUGUUGGUGGUUUUGGCAAUUGCAACUUUGGUAGCAGGAGAUGACUUGAUUUCUCAAAUGAUCGCAAAUCCUCUAAAUAUGGGAUCGGGAUCGGCACAAUUAACAAAUUCGCAACCGCCACAGGGCACCGAUUCACCCAAUUUCAUAUUUUCAACCGUCAACUCCCCACCACCACCGCCGCCACCGGGAGCCGCAUCUACGACGGCCCCUGGCUAUUCCACAGCCGAUAUGAUAGCUGAAAAUGCCCUACAAUUCGGUCACAAUAUGCUCCAACAAUUAAGCUACAUGGAUCCCUACGCUACACGCAGCGAAAUAUUUUCACCGCUUUCGUUAAUGUCUGCUCUAUCACUGCUUAUGCUCGGAGCCAAGGGCAAAAGUUAUCAGGAAUUGAAAGCAGUUCUCGGCCUUGAAAACAUACCAGAAUUUAAUACAAAUCCCGGAAAAUUCCAUCAAAUAUUCGGCUCAAUGAUAGAUGAUAUGCAAAACUUUGAUGUGAACACCGGAAGGGACGCGAAUACGAGAAAGCGUCCCAAUUGGUUUUAUACCGCCGCCAAGAAGAACGUUAGAGAGACCGCCAGCAAUCGUAAAACGGAGCAAAUAAAUCACACGAUUAAUGUUGCGAAUGGUUUGUUUGUUCAGGAGGGCUAUACGUUAAAUCCAGAUUAUAGACAAGUCAUUGGUUCCAUUUACGAUUCACAUUUGGCGCAACUUGACUAUAAGACAAAAUCCCGCGAAGCUACAAAGUACAUCAAUAAAUGGUCAAAUGACAAUACCAAUGGAAAAAUACCCGAAUUGAUUUCACGAAAUAUACCCUCGGUAACGAACAUAAUUCUUGCCAGUACUUUGUACUUUAGAGGCUUUUGGCAGACACCAUUCUUCCAGCGUUCCACAAAAGAGGAUAAUUUCUAUCAGGAUGGUCCAAACACAAAACCCAUUCGUGUCCAGCUAAUGGCUACUGGUGGUAUCUUUCCAUUUUAUGAUGCCAAGGAGUAUGAUUGCCGUAUUCUAGGGUUGCCAUAUAAGGGCAAUGAAACUACCAUGUAUGUUAUUCAACCGAAUGACUCGACUCGUCUGAAAUUACGUGGAUUAAUGAGUGUCUUGGAUGCCCGCAAAAUUAACGAUAUGAUUGAUAAGAUGAUGCUGAAAACCACAGUCAUGGUGUUCCCCAAAAUGCAUUUUGCCCGCACCAUGACCCUGAAUGACAUCCUGCCAGCAAUGGGUGUGACUGAUGUAUUCAAUCCCGGCUUGAGUGAUUUAUCACUGAUUGGUGGAAGAAAUAUGGCCAACAAUGGCAGAAGACCAAUAUUUUCUCCAGUGCCCACACCUGUGGCUCAGACUCCAACCGUUCCCGCACGUAAAGGUCUGGCAGCUGUCAACCAACAAUAUUACGAUAGAUACAAUGAAAAACCGUUAAUAUUCUCAAGUCGAUUUGGUGAAGAGGAAGAGGAGCAAGGUAAUAGUACAACUGCAACCACAGAAAUGCCAGCUAUGCAAACAAUUGAAGACACCACUCCGGCACAUGCCAUUGAAAAAAGACAAGCUCCUAAUGAUGCGAAUCUUCAAGCAUUAUCUAAUCUGGAAGCACAACGUUUCACUUACAAUGGCUAUCAUUCGGAUCUCUUUGUUAAUGAAAUAAUACACAAAGUAGACUUUGCCGUAGACGAGCAAGGUACAGAGGCUGCAGCUGCCACCGCAGCAUAUUUAUAUCGUUCCGGCACCGAUGUUGUAUUCCGUGGCGAUACUCCGUUCCUAAUAUUGAUACGACAUGAUCACAGUAAAUUGCCACUGUUCUAUGGUAUCAUAAAUAAACCAGAAUUGUAGAGAAUAAAGGACUGGUGCUAUAUUUGAAUAUAACUGUGUCUAGAUUUUAAGAAUAAUCGGAGGGAUUGUUCAGUAAUUUUAUUUUUUCUUAGGUGUUAUAUAUUAUAUAUGUAAUUAUAUAGACUCUUAGCCUAUUCCCGUGUCUCUAAGAUAUUUUUUACAAAGUUUAAUAAACAUUAAAUAAGACUAUAA